CCGGGUGUCGCGCGAGGUCUUAGGCGCUUGCUUUUCCACCGCGGGUCCCUGCGAGGACCCUCGAGAGCACGAGAAAGCGCCCUGGGCGCGCUCAGUUGCGCGUGUGCAAGGUGCUAGCAAUGUUGGUUUUGUGGUGGUUGUCGCUGUCCCUACUGCGGAGAUAUCCUUGGAAGAGAAAAUCUUCUUAUGGAAGCGACUUCUAAUGAUGCUGUGAGAUUCUAUCCUUGGACCAUCGAUAACAAAUACUAUUCAGCGGAUAUCAAUCUGUGUGUGGUGCCAAACAAAUUCCUUGUCACCCCAGAAAUUGCAGAGUCUGUCCAGGCAUUUGUGAUUUACUUUGACAGCUCACAGAAAUCAGGGCUUGACAGUGUCUCCUCGUGGCUUCCCCUGGCAGAAGCGUGGGUCCCAGAGGUGAUGAUCCUGGCCUGUGACCGGGUGUGUGAAGAUGGAGUAAACCGACAAAAAGCUCAAGAAUGGUGCAUCAAACAUGGCUUUGAAUUGGUGGAGCUUAGUCCAGAGGAACUGCCCGAGGAGGAUGAUGACUUCCCUGAAUCCACAGGAGUAAAGCGAAUUGUACAAGCCUUAAAUGCCAAUGUCUGGUCCAAUGUAGUGAUGAAGAAUGAUAGGAACCAAGGCUUCAGCCUUCUCAGUUCAUUGACUGGGACAAACCACAACCUUGGGACAACAGAGUCACGUCACUCAGAGCAGCUCCCUUUGCCAGCGGCAGACAGGACAGAAUCGCUCCUGGACCGCGGUGCUGCCUCUAACACAGUGGAUGCCCAGGGCGACUGCCUUGUGGAUCCCAUGUUAGAUCUGGAUAUUCAAGAAUUAGCCAGCCUUACCACCGGAGGAGGAGAUUUGGAAAAUUUUGAAAGACUAUUUUCAAAACUAAAGGAAAUGAAAGACAAGGCCGCGACACUUCCUCAUGAGCAAAGAAAGUUGCACGCAGAAAAGGUGGCUAAGGCCUUCUGGAUGGCAAUUGGGGGAAACAGAGAUGAAAUUGAAGGUCUUUCUUCUGAUGAAGAUCACUAGCUUAUCCCUGCUAUGCUGGACUCACAAGGAUGCUAGCAGUCUCUCCCCAGGAUACUCCCCUACUGGAGCCAGUUAUGUUUUUCUGAGCUCUCCAUUAUUAUGUUGGCCACCAGAUUUGUUUUUAGGGUCCCUCUUAAUGUUAGUUUUUAGUAAGGAGUUUGGAGAAGUCUUUAUCCUUGAAGAGUAUAGUGACAAUGAAAAUUUCUCAAAUUCUUUUUUGUUAUGGGAGCGGGAUAGGGUGAGUCUCGGGAGUCUGUGUGAUUUGCCCAAGUUACAGCAGAAGGAAACCAAGCAGGCACUCUCCGCCAGCCUUUGUGUCGCCUGCCCUGCCCCCAUACCACAUGGCCCAGACAGGAGCUGGCGGGAUGAUGGGAAUGUCCCCAUUCGAGGGGCUUGCAGCUCGAGCUCUGCUGUUUUUUCCUGGAAGAAAAGAGCCUCAGAGUUCAGCAUGUGCUGUAGCGUGAGAAGCUGGGCAAGGGUGGCGGCCCCUAGGUUUCCAUCUAUCUGAGCACUUCUGAGCGUUUCUUUGACAUGUGGUGUCUGAGCUUGCACUGCAAAGAAUUGGAAAGCCAGUGCAUAUUUUUAGACCACCAGAAGUAAAGCACAGGUUUCCUAUCUGGUGUGGGAUAAGGAAGCUCGCUGCAGGGACGCCGGGGGCCUGUGUGAGAGCCCAAAGGCUCUGGUGUAGGUCCCGAAUACAGUAUGUUGAUGCCUGAAGUGGUCAUGUCACCACGAUAUGAAGACACUCUCCUGCCUUAGCCUUCUCUGUUGCUGCUUGAGCUCCCAGAGCUGUCACUCUUCAAGCCUCAGAACAAGCAAGUGGCCCCUUCACUGUGUGUGAAAGUGAGACACGUCACAGCCACAGGAGGCGCAGCGGUGGGCACCACGCACACACCUGAGCGCCUUGUUUCUCUCCCAGCAUGGAGGCCUCUUCCCUGGGUGCCUUUCCAGCUUGUAGCCCUGGACGCUGCUUUGUGCUUUAUCCAGGGCCAUGUACAAGGGAGUCAGCCCCAGAGAAAUCAGCCGAGAGCAGAGCCUCACAGGACAGAGGAGGGCACAACAAAUAAAAAUCCCUGAUCUCUUUCGGUGGACACUUGGGUAGUAUGUGUCGUCCAUCCUCUCUGGUCUGUCACUGCCGUGACCCCGGACUGGUGCAGUGCAGCAGAUGUUGGUGCUGGCACACGGACCUGUGCUGGUUCUGGUCAAGUGUGGGCUUUGAACCCAGGUUAGCUCACAGCAAGACUAAGCCUCAGACCCACUGCAGGUAGCAAUGUGUAAGGCCCUGGGGAGCCUGAGACAGCAGAGGACGGCAUGUUGCAGGGGCCACCACGCCUAGUGGAGCCUGUAGAAAGUGGCAUCCUGGGGAACAGUGGACACUCCUGCUUGCUGCUCCCACCCCCCUUUCUGAAGCUCUUUGCCUCUGUGGCUCACUGCCCAACAUCCCACUGGUGGAACUGAUACUUCUCUGAGGUGAUGUGCUGCUGUGAGGUAAUGUUUCUUGAGGGGGCCGUGUUACCCCCCCCCCCCCCGAUUAAAAGUGGAAGGGAAAUUUGCUUUGACUUUGACAUAAAGGUGGAACACAUACUUAAAAGAGAAAUUUUUAGAAAAUGUAUUAAGCCACUAGGGAAACGGAUUUAAAAAACCCUAUGAAUGUGAUUUUAUGGGUCAAGCAAAACCAGGUGAUUAAAGUGUGACUUAUUUCGAGA